GCAUUAUGGUGUCACGUGGUCGACUCUCUACCAAUGAGAGCAGAGGACAAAUUUGUCUUUUGAAUUGUAGUCACUGUUAGAAACACACGCGGGAUUGUAGAGAGAACACGAGAUAGGUUUCGAAUCACGAGCUGAAUGGAAAUCUCAGCUGACAUCGAUGUAUUUUCUGAUAUCAAACAUUGUCUUAUUCACAAUUCUCUUGAAAGUUAAAUCRCAUUUCAGAUCUGUGGACAGAAAUAAACUUCCCAAUGUUUCCUUUUAUAUCCAUUAAAUGAUUUGUGAUGCAAUAUACGACUUUCAGUUAUUUGAAAAGUGAAAGAAUUCUCAUUGUGAAAUGCUUCUACGGUUCGUCAAGUGACUUUGAAGAUAAAAAGAAUUGAUAUAUUCAGUAUUAUUGCUUUGCAAGCAAUGGAGAUGGGUUUGACUAGAGCGUUGCUUUGCAUUUUGUUGCUACAAGGGAAGCUGUGGCUUAUCUCAUGCUUAGCACACUGUUCGUGUUACACGUUUCAUGAUACGAACAGAAACCGCUGGGCAGAAAGCAACCAAGACUGCGAAACCAGAAAUGGGACAUUGGUAUCCAUGGAAACAGAAGAUGAAUGGAACUUUAUAACGAGUGAGAUACAGAAAAUAAAUUCUACAGCAAAUAUAAACAAUGACUGGUUUAUAGGAUUAAGCAUUGCCAGGAAAGAAUUGGAAAAGUACAAUUCAUUAGAGGACAAACGAAAAGCAGGUUGGAGUUGGACAAGUGGACAAAAACUGACGAUUAACAGCAAAUGGCAGCGUAACGAGCCAAAUAAUAGGGGCCGUUAUGAUGAUUAUUGUGUUGUAAUAUCUAAAAACUGGCCAAAGGGCAAGUACGGGUUCAUUAAAGACGUAAAUUGUUUUUUUCAACAUCCUUACAUUUGUGAAUAUGAUGCAGGGAAUAAAGUCAAUACAAGUCUUAAUCCAGUUUGCUGGAGUAAUUCAUCAAGCAAGAUUCGUUUGACAUCUUGCACUGAAGUUAACAUACCUACAACGGUUAUCACAACCACAACAAGUAAGAUAGAUGCCACGACAACUCUCCCAGUACAAGUAUAUAGUAUUGAACGAACUACCGCAAUUACAACCACGCAAAGUAAGUGAAUAAUAAUAUAAUUUAAAUAACUGAAAGGACGAAAAACAAUGAAAAUGUUUUCAUUUAAAACAUCAUCAAACAGCAAUCUCGUUUACAUCGGUAGAAGCCGAUAAACAACAGCAGGUACAGCGAGGAAGAAGAUACAACCGCAUGAGCAAGAAUUUUCUGGAAAAUGAUAAUACCAUGCAGCGCUUACCAGCAUCUUGCUAAGUAUUACUCAGUCGGAAAGCCUUGCAGCGAGAGCCUUGCCACGCCUUACAAGGCUUGCACAAAUAGGAAAAAAUUAAGAAAAUAAGAAUCCAUUGCAACAUUUGUUAAAAUGGAGAGGCCAUAUGGCGUAACAUAC